CCCCCAGCCCCGCCGCCUGCCCCCUCCCCCGGGAGAGCAAACCCGGCGGCCUGCCCCGCCGGAGCAGCAUCAUCAAGGAUGGUACAAAACAGAAAAGAGAACGGAAGAAAACAGUGUCGUUCAGUAGCAUGCCGACAGAGAAGAAGAUCAGCAGUGCAAGUGAUUGCAUCAAUUCGAUGGUCGAGGGUUCAGAACUCAAAAAGGUUCGCUCCAACUCCAGGAUUUACCAUAGGUAUUUUUUACUGGAUGCUGACAUGCAGAGCCUGAGGUGGGAGCCAUCUAAGAAGGAUUCUGAGAAAGCCAAGAUUGAUAUUAAAUCCAUCAAGGAAGUGAGAACAGGAAAAAAUACAGACAUAUUCCGCAGCAAUGGCAUUUCUGACCAGAUAUCUGAAGAUUGUGCAUUUUCAGUCAUAUAUGGAGAGAAUUAUGAGUCACUUGAUUUGGUUGCCAACUCUGCAGAUGUUGCAAACAUCUGGGUUACGGGACUGCGGUAUUUAAUUUCUUAUGGAAAACAUACACUUGAUAUGUUAGAAAGUAGUCAAGACAACAUGAGGACUUCUUGGGUUUCACAAAUGUUUAGUGAAAUUGAUGUAGAAGACCUUGGACAUAUAACUCUGUGUAAUGCUGUGCAGUGCAUCAGAAACCUCAAUCCCGGUUUAAAAACUAGCAAAAUUGAGCUCAAGUUCAAAGAGUUGCACAAAUCCAAGGACAAAGCUGGUACUGAAGUCACAAAAGAAGAAUUUGUUGAGGUUUUCCAUGAGCUUUGUACCAGACCUGAAAUUUAUUUCCUUUUAGUUCAGUUUUCAAGCAAUAAAGAAUUUCUUGAUACCAAGGACCUUAUGAUGUUUCUUGAGGCAGAGCAGGGUGUGGCACAUAUAAAUGAGGAAAUAAGCCUUGAGAUUAUUCACAAAUAUGAGCCAUCCAAAGAAGGUAAGGAAAAGGGCUGGCUUUCCAUAGAUGGGUUCACUAAUUACCUUAUGUCACCUGACUGUUAUAUAUUUGAUCCAGAACAUAAGAAGGUCUGUCAAGAUAUGAAGCAACCGUUGUCUCAUUACUUUAUAAACUCAUCUCAUAAUACAUACUUAAUAGAGGAUCAGUUCCGAGGUCCCUCUGAUAUCACAGGAUACAUCCGAGCUCUUAAAAUGGGUUGCCGGAGUGUUGAAUUAGAUGUUUGGGACGGGCCAGAUAAUGAACCCGUUAUUUACACAGGCCACACCAUGACCUCUCAGAUAGUCUUCCGCAGUGUCAUUGAUAUUAUUAACAAGUAUGCAUUCUUUGCUUCAGAGUAUCCUCUUAUCUUGUGUUUAGAAAAUCACUGUUCUAUUAAACAGCAGAAGGUAAUGGUUCAGCACAUGAAGAAAAUCUUAGGAGACAAGCUCUAUACAACAUCACCCAAUGUGGAGGACUCUUACCUACCAUCCCCAGAUGUCCUGAAAGGGAGGAUACUAAUUAAAGCAAAGAAGCUGUCCUCAAAUUGUUCAGGUGUGGAAGGGGAUGUUACUGAUGAAGAUGAGGGAGCAGAAAUGUCUCAGAGGAUGGGAAAAGAGAACGUGGAGCAGCCCAACAAUGUGCCUGUGAAGCGAUUUCAGCUCUGUAAAGAACUGUCUGAACUGGUGAGCAUCUGCAAGUCAGUUCAGUUCAAAGAAUUUCAGGUGUCAUUUCAGGUUCAGAAAUACUGGGAAGUCUGUUCAUUUAACGAAGUGCUUGCCAGCAAAUACGCCAACGAGAAUCCAGGGGACUUUGUAAAUUACAACAAACGUUUCCUUGCGAGGGUUUUCCCCAGCCCCAUGAGAAUUGACUCCAGUAACAUGAACCCCCAAGACUUUUGGAAGUGUGGGUGUCAGAUCGUAGCCAUGAACUUUCAGACCCCAGGCCUGAUGAUGGACCUGAAUAUUGGUUGGUUUAGACAGAAUGGGAACUGUGGCUAUGUCCUUCGGCCGGCCAUCAUGAGAGAGGAAGUCUCUUUCUUCAGCGCCAACACAAAGGACUCUGUCCCCGGGGUUUCACCUCAGCUUCUUCACAUUAAAAUCAUCAGCGGGCAGAACUUUCCCAAACCCAAAGGAUCAGGUGCCAAAGGUGAUGUAGUGGAUCCUUACGUAUACGUUGAAAUUCACGGAAUUCCUGCUGACUGUGCAGAACAAAGGACAAAAACAGUGCACCAGAACGGGGAUGCUCCCAUUUUUGAUGAGAGCUUUGAAUUUCAAAUCAACCUCCCUGAACUGGCCAUGGUGCGCUUUGUCGUACUCGAUGAUGACUACAUUGGGGAUGAGUUCAUUGGUCAGUACACGAUUCCCUUUGAGUGUUUACAGACGGGCUACCGCCAUGUCCCUCUGCAGUCACUGACUGGAGAGGUCCUAGCACACGCUUCUUUGUUUGUCCACGUGGCCAUUACGAACCGAAGAGGAGGCGGGAAACCUCACAAAAGGGGCCUUUCUGUGAGAAAAGGGAAAAAAUCCAGGGAAUAUGCAUCUUUAAGAACAUUGUGGAUUAAAACUGUAGAUGAGGUGUUCAAGAAUGCCCAGCCCCCUAUACGGGAUGCCACAGAUCUGAGAGAGAACAUGCAGAAUGCAGUGGUGUCAUUCAAAGAGCUGUGUGGCCUCUCCUCCGUGGCCAAUCUCAUGCAGUGCAUGCUGGCGGUGUCUCCCCGCUUUCUGGGAGCAGAUAACACACCCCUCGUGGUCCUGAAUCUCAGCGAGCCGUAUCCCACAAUGGAGUUGCAGGGAAUCGUGCCUGAGGUUCUAAAGAAGAUCGUAACAACCUACGACAUGAUGAUCCAGUCCCUCAAGGCAGUGAUUGAAAAUGCAGAUGCUGUGUAUGAAAAGAUUGUACACUGUCAGAAGGCAGCCAUGGAAUUCCAUGAACACUUGCACAGCAUUGGCACCAAGGAAGGUUUGAAGGAACGAAAGCUACAAAAAGCAGUGGAGAGCUUUACCUGGAAUAUCACCAUCUUAAAGGGACAAGCGGAUCUUUUGAAAUAUGCUAAGAACGAGACCUUGGAGAACCUGAAACAAAUCCAUUUUGCUGCUGUUUCAUGUGGACUGAAUAAACCAGGCACAGAAAAUGCCGACAUUCAGAAGCCACGCCGGAGCCUGGAAGUCAUACCUGAAAAAGCAAAUGAUGAAACUGGAGAUUGAAGGAAUUUUCUAGAAACCAUUAUGGAGUUUAUAACUCUAGGACCAAUUGUAGUCAAGUGGGACAUUUGCUUUGCACUCACUAAUGAAAAUAAUAUUUGGGAUUUUAAAGCACAACUGGAGUAGCUGAUUACGGUCUAUUAAAACUGUGAAUGUAUGUAGCAAUUCUGCGUGUGAAGGCAAAUAAACUCUUUAACAAGAAAUUAUAUUCCUGGCCAAAAUAUGCUAUAUUUGUAUACAAAGGCAUCGUGACAGUUCCAGGGUGGACAACAGACUCUUAGUUCUAGUUCCGUUGAGAAAAAAAACGUUUUCCUAACUGAAAACAAUUUCUUAAGAUGGGAAUGGAUUGUAUUGUCAAAUUCGUAUUUAUUGGAGAGAAACCUAACCUACGCAUUUUACUUCUAUACGAUUGCCAGAGUCUCUGAGUUAUAGAUGAUUUUGGUGGCGUGCCUGCUGAGCUAUGAUUACUGGGGAGAAUGUAAGUGGACAGAUGCACCGAGUCCCCAGGGGCCGUGGAGCCAUCGAACUACCAGGACUGCGGCUCCCGGCUGAAGACACACACUGGGCAGACAUAUGACGUAAAAGCAGCCAAUCUGGAAGCGACACAUUGUAAAUAGUUUUUCAUUGUAUGAAGUAGUGUUCACAUUAAAACGAUGUUUUAUGAUAUUUCUCCAGUAGCAGUACAUGCAUUUAAUGAAAGUUUUAACUUUUAACGUUUCUAGUUAAAAAUAUUCGACUCCUCAGAGCGGCCAGUGGUCAAGCAGCUUUGUCAGCAAUGAGUUUCUUGUCUGGCUUCACGGUUUCGCUUCAAGGAAGGUGCUCACGACUUGGCGCAAUGACAGCUGACUGAUUUCUGCCACGAGCCGAGAUGCCACUUUGCGCUCUGAAUUCGCACUGGAGUGAAGUGUGCCCCCCAGACAGUGCAGCUCGGGGGGCAGGGGCACGGGUAGCUGUCCUUUGCCAGCUGGGAUUUUAAUCCAAGCCUUUAUUUUCUAAAUCGGUGAAACUUUGCGCUAUUUUUGAAAAGAUACCAGACACUGCAGCCCAAUUACUGCUUCUCCCAAACCAAACUUGCUUUCAGAUAUUGGAAGAGUAAAAGCUCUAAAUCUUCA